GCCGGGCUCCCGCCGCGCCUGCCGUCCCUGGAGCGCCGGGAGCGCGGCCCGAGCUGGACGAUGGCGAAGCCGGGCGCGCGGCACUUCGCGGGGAGCGCACGGUGCGCGGGCGGCCCCCGGGGCCCCGCGCGGCUGCUGCUGGCCGGGCUGGCGCUGCUGGGCGCGGCGCGGGCGCAGGAGACGGCGGGCGACGGCUUCAGCCUGCACCCGCCCUACUUCAACCUGGCCGAGGGCGCCCGCAUCGCCGCCUCGGCCACCUGCGGCGAGGAGGCCCCGGCGCGCGGGGUCCCGCGCCCCACCGAGGACCUCUACUGCAAGCUGGUGGGGGGCCCCGUGGCCGGCGGGGAUCCCAACCAGACCAUCCAGGGCCAGUACUGCGACAUCUGCACAGCUGCAAACAGCAACAGGGCACACCCCGUGAGCAACGCCAUCGACGGCACGGAGCGCUGGUGGCAGAGCCCGCCACUGUCCCGCGGCCUGGAGUACAAUGAGGUCAACGUCACCUUGGACCUGGGCCAGGUUUUCCAUGUGGCGUAUGUGCUCAUCAAGUUUGCCAACUCCCCUCGGCCAGACCUCUGGGUGCUGGAGCGGUCCACGGACUUCGGCCACACCUACCAGCCGUGGCAGUUCUUUGCCUCCUCCAAGAGGGACUGCCUGGAGCGAUUCGGGCCGCGGACGCUGGAGCGUGUCACGCGGGACGACGAUGUCAUCUGCACCACGGAGUACUCCCGGAUAGUGCCACUGGAGAACGGCGAGAUCGUAGUGUCCCUAGUGAACGGGCGGCCGGGAGCCACCAACUUCUCCUACUCACCCCUGCUGCGCGACUUCACCAAAGCCACCAACAUCCGCCUGCGCUUCCUGCGCACCAACACGCUGCUGGGCCACCUCAUGGGCAAGGCGCUGCGCGACCCCACCGUGACCCGCCGGUACUAUUACAGCAUCAAGGACAUCAGCAUCGGCGGCCGCUGUGUCUGCCAUGGUCACGCAGAUGUCUGUGAUGCCAAAGACCCCACAGACCCCUUCAGGCUGCAGUGCGCCUGCCAGCACAACACAUGUGGGGGCUCCUGUGACCGCUGCUGCCCUGGCUUCAACCAGCAGCCAUGGAAGCCUGCCACCACUGACAAUGCCAACGAGUGCCAGUCCUGCAACUGCCACAGCCAUGCCCACGACUGCUACUACGACCCCGAGGUGGACCGGCGCAAUGCCAGCCAGAACCAGGACAACGUCUACCAGGGUGGGGGCGUGUGCAUCGACUGCCAGCAUCACACCACCGGCAUCAACUGUGAACGCUGCCUGCCCGGCUUCUACCGCGCCCCAGACCAGCCCCUUGACUCACCAUACGCCUGCCGCCGCUGCAACUGCGAGUCGGACUUCACCGAUGGGACGUGUGAGGACCUGACGGGCCGCUGCUACUGCCGGCCGAACUUCACGGGGGAGCGGUGCGACGCGUGUGCCGAGGGCUUCACCGGCUUCCCGCUCUGCCACCCGGUGGCCUCCUUCCCCAACGACACCGGGGAACAGGUGCUGCCGGCCGGACAGAUCGUGAACUGUGACUGCAGUGCCGCCGGGACCCAGGGCAAUGCCUGCCGGAAGGACCCAAGGGUGGGACGCUGUGUAUGCAAACCCAACUUCCAGGGCACCCACUGCGAGCUCUGUGCCCCAGGGUUCUACGGCCCGGGCUGCCAGCCAUGCCGGUGUUCCAGCCCCGGUGUGGCAGAUGGUGACUGUGACCGCGACUCGGGCCAGUGCCAGUGCCGGACUGGCUUCGAAGGGGCUGCCUGUGACCGCUGUGCCCCCGGCUACUUCCACUUCCCUCUCUGCCGGUUGUGCGGCUGCAGCCCUUCAGGGACCCUGCCCGAGGGCUGUGACGAGGCUGGCCGCUGCCUAUGCCGACCUGAGUUUGAUGGCCCUCACUGUGACCGCUGCCGGCCUGGCCACCAUGGCUACCCCGACUGCCGUGCCUGUGCCUGUGACCCCCGGGGUGCCCUGGACCAGCUCUGUGGAGUGGGUGGCGUAUGCCACUGCCGCCCUGGCUAUAUGGGGACCACCUGCCAGGAGUGCAGCCCCGGCUUCCACGGCUUCCCCGACUGUGCCCCCUGCCACUGCAAUGCCGACGGCUCCCUACAUGCAUCCUGCGACCCUCGCAGCGGGCAGUGCAGCUGCCGGCCCCGUGUGACGGGGCUGCGGUGUGACACAUGUGUGCCCGGUGCUUACAACUUCCCCUACUGUGAAGCUGGCUCCUGCCACCCUGCUGGCCUGGCCCCAGCCGUUCCUGAGGCACAGGCCCCCUGUAUGUGCCGGGCUCAUGUGGAGGGACCAAGCUGCGAUCGCUGUAAACCCGGGUUCUGGGGGCUGAGUCCAAGCACCCCUGAAGGCUGUACCCGCUGCAGCUGUGACCCCAGGGGCACACUGGGUGGAGUUGCCGAGUGCCAGCUGGGCAGCGGCCAGUGCUUCUGCAAGCCCCACGUGUGUGGCCAGACCUGCGCGGCGUGCAAGGAUGGCUUCUUCGGGCUGGACCGGGCUGACUACUUCGGCUGCCGCAGCUGCCGCUGUGAUGUUGGUGGUGCGCUGGGCCAGGGCUGUGAACCGAGGACAGGCGCCUGCCGGUGUCGCCCCAACACCCAGGGCCUCACCUGCAGCGAGCCAGCGCGGGACCACUACCUCCCCGACCUGCACCACCUGCGCCUGGAGCUGGAGGAGGCAGCCACGCCUGAGGGCCACGCCAUACGCUUCGGCUUCAACCCCCUGGAGUUCGAGAACUUCAGCUGGAGGGGCUAUGCGCAGAUGACGCCCAUCCAGCCCAGGAUCGUGGCGAGGCUGAACGUGAGCUCCCCUGACCUCUUCCGGCUGGUCUUCCGAUACGUCAACCGUGGGCCCACAAGUGUGAGUGGGCGGGUGUCUGUGCAAGAGGAGGGCAAGUUUGCCACCUGCACCAACUGCACAGAGCAGAGCCAGCCGGUGGCCUUCCCGCCCAGCACGGAGCCUGCCUUCGUCACCGUGCCCCGGAGAGGCUUUGGGGAGCCCUUUGUGCUGAACCCUGGCACCUGGGCCCUGCUCGUGGAGGCCACAGGGGUGCUCCUGGACUAUGUGGUCCUGCUGCCUAGCGCGUACUACGAGGCGGCCCUCCUGCAGCUGCGGGUGACCGAGGCCUGCACGUUCCGGCCCACUGACCAGCGCUCUGCAGAGAACUGCCUCCUGUACACCCACCUGCCCCUGGACGGCUUCCCCUCGGCCGCUGGGCCCGAAGCCCUCUGUCGUCAUGACAACAGCCUUCCUCGGCCCUGCCCCACGGAGCAGCUCAGCCCCUCCCACCCGCUGCUGGCCGCCUGCCUAGGCAGUGACGUGGAUGUCCAGCUGCAGGUGGUGGUGCCGCAGCCAGGCGACUAUGCCCUGGUGGUGGACUACGCCAAUGAAGACACCCGCCAGGAGGUGGGCGUGGCGGUGCACACUCCCCAGCGGGCCCCUCAGCAGGGGGCACUCACCCUCCACCCCUGUCCAUACAGCACCCUGUGCCGAGGUGCUGUCCUGGACGCCCAGCACCACCUGGUGUUCUUCCAUCUGGACACAGAGGCCAGCAUCCGGCUCACAGCUGAGCAGGCGCGCUUCUUCCUGCACAGCGUCACCCUGGUGCCUGUGCAGGCGUUCACCUUGGAGUUCCUGGAGCCCCGGGUCCACUGCGUCAGCAGCCACGGCACCUUCGGCCCCAGCAGUGUUGCCUGCCUGCCCUCCCGCUUCCCGAAGCCGCCCCAGCCCAUCGUCCUCAGGGACUGCCAGGUGCUGCCACUGCCUCCCGGCCUCCCGCUGACCCGCUCGCAGGAGCUCACACCAGGUGCACCCCCGUCUGGGCCCCAGCCUCGACCCCCCACCGCCGUGGACCCCGAUGUGGAGCCCACCCUGCUGCGCCACCCUCAGGGCACGGUGGUCUUCACCACCCAGGUGCCCGCCCUGGGCCGCUAUGCCUUCCUGUUGCACGGCUACCAGCCGGCCCAUCCCACCUUCGCCGUGGAGGUCCUCAUCAACGGGGGCCGUGUCUGGCAGGGCCAUGCCAACGCCAGCUUCUGCCCGCAUGGCUACGGCUGCCGCACCCUGGUGGUGUGUGAGGACCAGGCUGUCCUGGAUGUGACCGACAGUGAGCUCACUGUGACUGUGCGUGUGCCCGAGGGCCGGUGGCUCUGGCUGGAGUACGUGUUAGUGGUCCCUGAGGACGCCUACAGCCCCAGCUACCUCCGGGAGGAGCCCCUGGACAAAUCCUACGACUUCAUCAGCCACUGUGCCAUCCACGGUUACCACAUCAGCCCCACCAGCUCGUCCCCGUUCUGCCGCAACGCCGCCACCUCGCUCUCUCUCUUCUACAACAACGGGGCUCGGCCCUGUGGCUGCCACGAAGUGGGUGCCACGAGCCCCACGUGUGAGCCCUUCGGGGGCCAGUGUCCUUGCCGCGCCUACGUCAUCGGCCGCGACUGCUCCCGCUGCGCCACUGGCUACUGGGGCUUCCCCAACUGCAGGCCCUGCGACUGCAGCGGCCGCCUCUGUGACGAGCUCACAGGCCAGUGCACCUGCCCUCCCCGCACCGUCCCACCCGACUGCAUCAUCUGCCAGCCCCAGACCUUCGGCUGCCACCCCCUGGUCGGCUGUGAGGAGUGUAACUGCUCGGGGCCUGGCGUCCAGGAGCUCACGGACCCCACCUGUGACACGGACAGCGGCCAGUGCAAGUGCAGACCCAACGUGGCCGGGCGCCGCUGUGACACUUGUGCCCCCGGCUUCCACGGCUACCCCGCCUGCCACCCUUGUGACUGCCACACAGCAGGCUCUGCCCCUGGCGUGUGCGACCCCCUCACAGGCCAGUGCUACUGCAAGGAGAACGUGCAGGGCCCGAGGUGUGACCAGUGCCGCCUUGGGACCUUCUCCCUCGAUGCCGCCAACCCCAAAGGUUGCACCCGCUGCUUCUGCUUUGGGGCCACGGAGCGCUGCAGGAGCUCGGCCCACGGCCGCUGGGAGUACGUGGACAUGGAGGGCUGGGCGCUGCUGAGCACUGACCGGCAGGUAGUGCCCCACGAGCUGCGGGCAGAGGCGGAACUGCUCCACGCUGACCUGCGGCACGUGCCUGAGGCCUUCCCCGAGCUGUACUGGCAGGCCCCACCCUCCUACCUCGGGGACCGGGUGUCAUCCUACGGCGGGAUCCUCCGCUAUGAAGUGCACUCGGAGACCCAGCGGGGGGACGUGUUCAUCCCCACGGAGAGCAGGCCGGAUGUGCUGCUGCAGGGCAACCAGAUGAGCAUCACAUUCCUGGAGCCGGUGUACCCGGCGCCCGGCCACGUUCACCGUGGGCAGCUGCAGCUGGUGGAGGGGAACUUCCGGCAUGCGGAGACCCACAGCGCCGUGUCGCGCGAGGAGCUCAUGAUGGUGCUGGCCGGCCUGGAGCAGCUGCAGAUCCGUGCCCUCUUCUCACAGAUCUCCUCGGCCGUCUCCCUGCGCAGGGUGGCGCUCGAGGUGGCCAGCGAGCUGGGCGGGGGGCCUCCAGCCAGCAACGUGGAGCUGUGCAUGUGCCCUGCCAGCUACCGUGGGGACUCCUGCCAGGAAUGUGCCCCCGGCUAUUAUCGGGACGUCAAAGGUCUCUUCUUGGGUCGCUGUGUCCCUUGUCAAUGCCAUGGCCACUCAGACCGUUGCCUUCCUGGCUCGGGCGUCUGCGUGGGCUGCCAGCACAACACUGAAGGUGACCACUGUGAGCAGUGCCAGGCUGGCUUUGUGCGCAGUGGGUCAGAGGACCCUGCAGCCCCCUGUGUCAGCUGCCCCUGCCCCCUGUCAGUGCCUUCCAACAAUUUUGCCGUGGGCUGCAUCCUGCGAGGCGGCCGCACCCAGUGUCUCUGCAAACCCGGCUAUGCGGGGGCUUCCUGUGAGCGGUGCGCACCCGGCUACUUUGGGAACCCACUGGUGCUGGGCAGCUCAUGCCAGCCCUGUGACUGCAGCGGCAACGGUGACCCCAACAUGCUCUUCAGCGACUGUGACCCCUUGACGGGCACCUGCCGCGGCUGCCUCCGCCACACCACUGGGCCCCGCUGCGAGAGCUGCGCCCCUGGCUUCUACGGCAACGCCUUGCUGCCCGGCAACUGCAGCCGGUGUGACUGUUCCCCAUGUGGGACUGAGGCCUGCGACCCCCAAAGCGGGCAGUGCCUGUGCAAGGCAGGUGUGACAGGGCCAAGCUGUGACCGCUGUCAGGAAGGACACUUCGGCUUCGCGGGCUGCAGGGGCUGCCGCCCGUGCGCCUGUGGACCAGCCGCCGAGGGCUCCGAGUGCCACCCCCAGAGUGGACAGUGUCACUGCCGACCAGGGACUGGGGGUCUCCAGUGCCGCGAGUGUGCCCCUGGCCACUGGGGGCUCCCCGAGCAAGGCUGCAGGCGCUGCCAGUGCCGAGGGGGCCACUGUGACCUGCACACUGGUCGCUGCACGUGCCCCCCAGGGCUCAGUGGCGAGCGCUGUGACACUUGUAGCCACCAGCACCAGGUGCCUGUGCCAGGCAGGCCUGGGGGCCAUGGUGUCCACUGUGAAGUGUGUGACCACUGUGUGGUCCUGCUCCUGGACGACCUGGAGCGGGCCGGUGCCCUCCUCCCUGCCAUCCGGGAGCAGCUGCACGGGGUCAAUGCCAGCUCUGCGGCCUGGGCCCGGCUGCACAGGCUGAACGCCUCCAUCGCUGACCUGCAGAGCCAGCUGCAGAGCCCCCUGGGCCCCCGCCAUGAGACAACGCAGAGGCUGGAGGCGCUGGAGCGACAGAGCUCAAGCCUUGGGCAGGACACACAGAGGCUGGACGGCCAGGCCACAGGGGCCCAGGCUCGGGCCAGCCAACUGCUGGACAGCACUGAGGCCUCGCUGGGCCGGGUGCAGACCCUGCUGGCGGCCAUCCGGGCUGUGGACAGCGCCCUGAGAGAGCUCGAGUCCCAGACGGCUCGACUGUCACCAGCCAACGACUCGGCCCCGUCGGGUGAGCAGCUGCGCCGGACAGUGGCCGAGGUGGAGCGGCUGCUCCGGGAGAUGCGGGCCCGAGACCUGGGGGCCCCUCGGGCAGCAGCUGAGGCCGAGCUGGGCGAGGCCCAGAGAUUGCUGGCCCGCGUGCAGGAGCAGCUGACCAGCCUCUGGGAGGGGAACCAGGCGCUGGCUGCACGCACCCAAGACCAGCUGGCCCAGCAUGAGGCCGGCCUCAUGGACCUGCGAGAGGCCCUGAACCGGGCCGUGGGCACCACACGGGAGGCUGAGGAGCUCAACAGCCGCAACCAGGAACGCCUGGAGGAGGCCCUGCAACGGAAACAGGAGCUGUCCCAGGACAGUGCCACCCUGAGGGCCACUCUGCAGGCUGCCCGUGACACCCUGGCCCGGCUCUCUGAGCUUCUGCAUGGCAUAGACCAGGCCAAGGAGGAGUGCGAGCACCUCGCUGCCGGACUGGACGGGGCCUGGACCCCGCUGCUUGAGAAGAUGCAGGCCUUCUCUCCGGCGAGCAGCAAGGUGGCUCUGGUGGAAGCCGCCGAGGCCCACGCGUGGCAGCUGGACCAACUGGCGCUCAACCUGUCCAGCAUCAUCCGCGGAGUCAACCAGGACGGCUUCAUCCAGCGAGCCAUCGAGGCCGCCAACGCCUACAGCAGCAUCCUGCAAGCCGUGCAGGCUGCCGAGGGUGCCGCCGGCCAGGCGCUGCAGCAAUCGAGCCACACGUGGGCGAUGGUGGUGCAGCAGGGCCUGGCGCCCCGUGCCCAGCAGCUGCGGGCCAAUAGCAGUGCCCUGGAGGAGGCCGUCCUCAGGGAGCAGUGGAGGCUGGGCCGCGCGCAGGCCACCCUCCACGGCACCGGGACCCAGCUCCGCGACGCCCAGGCCAAAAAGGAGCAGCUGGUAGCCCAGAUCCAGGAGGUGCAGGCCAUGCUGGCCAUGGACACGGAUGAGACCAGCAAGAAGAUUGCCAAUGCCAAGGCUGUGGCCUUCGAAGCCCAGGACACGGCGGCCCGCGUGCAGUCCCGGCUUCGGGACAUGCAGCAGACCCUGGAGCAGUGGCAGGGCCAGUUUGGAGGCCUGCAGAGCCAGGACCUGGGCCAGGCGGUGCUUGACGCAGGCCGCUCAGUGACCACCCUGGAGAAGACGUUGCCACAGCUGCUGGCCAAGCUGAGCCUCCUGGAAAACCGUGGGACGCACAAUGCCAGCUUGGCCCUGUCUGCCAGCAUCGGCCGUGUGCGGGAGCUCAUUGCUCAGGCCCGAGGAGCUGCCAGCAAGGUCAAAGUGUCCAUGAAGUUCAACGGGCGCUCGGGGGUGCAGCUGCGUACCCCCCGGGACCUCUCAGACCUCGCUGCCUAUACCUCCCUCAAGUUCUAUCUGCAGAGCCCGGAGCCAGCGCGUGGCCAGGCCGCUGGGGACCACUUUGUGCUGUACAUGGGCAGCCGCCAGGCUGCAGGUGACUACAUGGGUGUGGCUCUGCGUGACCAGAAGGUGCACUGGGUGUACCGCCUGGGGGGGGCAGGCCCUGCAGCCCUCAGCAUCGACGAGGACAUUGGGGAGCAGUUUGCAGCUGUCAGCAUCGACAGGACCCUCCAGUUUGGCCACAUGUCUGUCACAGUGGAGAAUCAGAUGGUCCAUGAGACCAAGGGUGACACAGUGGCCCCUGGGGCCGAGGGGCUGCUCAGCCUGCAGCCUGACGACUUUGUCUUCUACGUGGGGGGCUACCCCAGCAACUUCACGCCCCCCGGACCCCUGCGCCUCCCUGGCUACCGGGGCUGCAUUGAGAUGGACACACUCAACGAGGAGGUGGUCAGUCUCUACAACUUCGAGAAGACCUUCCGGCUCGACACAGCUGUGGAUAAGCCCUGUGCCCGCUCCAAGUCAACUGGGGACCCGUGGCUCACAGACGGCUCCUACCUGGACGGCUCUGGCUUUGCCCGCAUCAGCGUGGAGAGUCAGAUCAGCCACACCAAGCGCUUUGACCAGGAGCUGCGGCUCGUGUCCUCCAGCGGCAUCAUCUUCUUCCUGCAGCACCAGGACCAGUUCCUGUGCCUGGCUGUGAGGGAAGGCAGCCUCCUGCUCCUCUAUGACUUUGGCACAGGCCUGAAGGAGGCUGUCCCGCUGCAACCCCCACCGCCCCUGACCACAGCCAGCAAGGCAAUCCAGGUGUUCCUGCUCGGGGGCAGCCGCAAGCGCGUGCUGGUGCGCGUGGAGAGGGCUACCGUGUUCAGCGUGGAGCAGGAGAACGUGCUGGAGCUGGCCGACGCCUACUACCUGGGGGGUGUGCCACCCGACCAGCUACCCCCAAGCCUGCAGCUGCUGUUCCCUUCCGGAGGCUCCAUCCGUGGCUGUGUCAAGGGCAUCAAAGCUCUGGGCAAGUACGUGGAUCUCAAGAGGCUGAACACGACGGGCGUCAGCUCCGGCUGCACAACAGACCUGCUGGUGGAACGGGCUGUGACUCUCCAUGGCCACGGCUUCCUGCCCCUGGCGCUCCCCGAUGUCUCGCCCCUCACGGGUGAUGUCUACUCCGGCUUUGGCUUCCGCAGCACCAGGGACAGCGGUCUGCUCUACCAUCGAGCGUCCCCGGAUGGGCCGUGCGAGGUGUCCCUGCAGCAGGGCCACGUGACACUCCGGCUUAUGAGGACCGAGGUGAAAACACGAGGGCGCUUUGCCGAUGGUGCCCCCCAUUACGUAGCUUUCUACAGCAACACCACAGGGGUCUGGCUCUAUGUGGACGAUCAGCUUCAGCAGAUGAAGCCCCACCGUGGGCCACUGCCCCGGCCCCAUCCCCAGCCUGAGGGGCCCCCUCGGCUCCUCCUGGGAGGCUUGCCAGAGUCUGACACCAUCCAAAACUUCAGCGGCUGCAUCAGCAACGUUUUUGUGCAGCGGCUCCUGGGGCCACAGCGUGUGUUUGACCUGCAGGAGAACAUGGGUGGCGUCAACGUGAGCUCAGGCUGCGCCCCAGCCCCUCACACCCAGACCUGGAGGCAGGCACCGCGAGGACUGCGGGCUGCAGCAGCUCGGAAGGCCUCCCGCCGCAGCCGGCAGCCCACCCAGGACCUUGCCUGUAUGCCACCUGGGCCCUUCAGGACCAUCCGAGAUGCCUACCAGUUUGGGGGUCCUCUGCUCAGUUACCUGGAGUUUGCACACGUCCCGGCACCUCCCGGGGACUGGUCCCACCUCAGGAUGCUUGUCCGCCCUCACACUCCCCAAGGGCUCCUGCUCUUCGCUGCCCCCCUGACGGCCAGUAGCCCCUCCCUGGCUCUCUUCCUGAGCCACGGACACUUUGUUGCUCAGACGGAAGGCCCUGGGCCCCGGCUCCGUGUCCAGAGCCGCCAGCGUUCACGGGCUGGCCGGUGGCACAAGGUGUCCGUGCGAUGGGAGAAGACUCGGAUUCAGCUGGUGACAGACAGGGUCCGGGCCCAGGGCCAGGAGGGGCCCAGCCAGCAGCAUCAGGGUGUAGAGGGCCCCCGGCCCCACACUCUGUUCGUGGGCGGCCUCCCUGAUGGCGGCCGCAGCCGCAAACUUCCAGUGGCCAUCAUCAGCUCCAGGUUCAGCGGUUGUGUGAAGGGACUGAAGUUGGACGGGCAGCCUCUGGGGGCCCCCACACAGAUGGUGGGAGUCACGCCCUGCUUCUCGGGCCCCCUGGAGAAGGGCCUGUUCUUCGCAGGAAGUGGGGGAGUCGUCACUCUAGACACCCUGGGGGCCACACUGCCCAAUGUGGGCCUGGAGCUGGAGGUGCGGCCGCAGGCGGCUAGCGGCCUCGUCUUCCACCUGGGCCAGGUGCAGGCGCCCCCCUACCUGCAGCUGCAGGUGUUGGAGAAGCAGGUCCUGCUGCGGGCGGACGAUGGUGCAGGCGAGUUCUCCACAGUGGUGACACACCCAGCCGUGGUGUGUGACGGGCAGUGGCACCGACUGGCAGUGACCAAAGAUGGGAACAUGCUCCGGCUGGAGGUGGACAGGCAGAGCAACCACACCCUGGGCCCCAUGCUGGCAACCUCGGCUGACGCCCUGGCACCUCUGCACCUUGGGGGUCUGCCUGAGCCUAUGGACGCACACGCUGGGCUGCCCGCCUACCGUGGCUGCAUGAGGAAUCUGGUGGUGAACCGGGCCCCCGUCACUUUGCCUCACUCUGCUGGUGUCCAGGGGGUAGUGGGGGCGAGCGGCUGCCCAGCCACAUAGCACAGCUGCCUCUCUAGGACCCUGGCCACAGCUCCAGCAGCCACGCAGGAGGGUCUCCAAGGGCCCCCAGGCCUGGAGCCCAUGGGCAGGCAGGGUCCUGCCUCUCAGACCCCCAGGCCCCUCCACGCAGCUUACUGACAACACUGCCCUCAGCCCGUUUCACAGAGGAAGUUCGUGUAUAUUUAUCUAGGUCCUAAAGUCUACGGGUUUUAAAUCUUUUUUCUGGACAUGGUUUAAGUUAUGCCUGACUUUUCAAAUGAAAGGGUAAAAUGGGGUUUUUAUACUUUUUAUCUUUCAGCUUAAUUAUGAGAUUUCCCUUCCACCCAUUUUUAAUAGCACGGGAGAUCUGUAAAUCGCUGGUCCCUACUGCUUAAAACAAAAAUUAAAAAAGUAACUUCUGUUCAA